AGAAAAUAUUAAAGCGAAUAUAACGUGAAUUGUGUUUUUUCAACUAAAAAUCAGCGAUUUCACAAUUUAACUGAAAUGAAGUACUUUUUGGUGUUGCUAUUUUUGUGUGUUGAAUUAAAAGCUGCACUUUCCGAUAACGAUUUGGAUCGGCAGCUCUUGAGUGCCGUUAGAAGAGGUAAUUUGGGUAAAAUCAAAUAUCUACUUGCACAUGGAGCUAAUGUGAACGUCGAAGAUGGAGACAAGCGUACACCUCUACACAGGGCUGUUAUGGCGGAUCACACAACUGUAAUCAAAACUCUCAUCGAUGCGGGAGCAGAUGUAAAUGCCACAUCUACAGAUAAAAAUACACCGCUUCAUUAUACCGCUGAAUGGGGUAACACAGAAGCGAUCAAGUACCUAAUCGACCACCGAGCCAACGUACAUGUGCAAGACAAUCACAAACGUACACCUCUUCAUCGUUCUGCACAAAAUGGCCAAACAGAGGCAGUCAAAACUUUAAUCGAUCAUGGAGCCAAUAUAAAUGCCGAAGACAAUGAGCAGAAGAGUCCGCUUCAUUACGCUGCCGACAAAGGUCACAUGGAAACAAUCAAAAUUCUAAUUGAACUAGGAGCCGAUGUGGAUUUGGGAGAUAAGAAGCGAAACACACCGCUCCAUUGGGCUGCUGAGUAUGGCUAUACAGAUGUAGUCAAAUAUCUGGUCGAACAUGGAGCCAAUGUAAACGGUGACGAUAGCAAGCAAUUAACACUCGUUCACUCCUCCGCUGCUAAUAAUGCAUUUGUCAAAUAUCUAGUUGCUCAUGGAGCUAAUGUGACAUCGGAAGCUGAAUCCAAAUAUACACCGCUUCAUCGGGCUGCUCUGAAUGGCCAUACAGAUAUAGUGAAAUAUCUAGUUGAUCAUGAGGCCGAUGUAAAUGUGAAAGAUAUCAAUAAAGCAACACCACUUCACAUGGCUGCUGAGAGUGGCUAUACAGAUGUAGUCAAAUAUCUAGUUGAUCAUGGAGCUAAUGUAAACGUGGAUAAUUACAAGCAAAUAACACCACUUCACGGGGCUGCUGAGAAUGGCCAUAUAGAUGUAGUCAAAUAUCUAGUUGAUCAUGGAGCCAAUGUAAACGUCAAUGAUAACAAGCAAACAACACCUCUUCACUUCGCUGCUCAGAAUGGCAAUAUAGAUUUAGUCAAAUAUCUAGUUGCUCAUGAGGCGGAUGUAAAUGCGGAUAAUAUCCCCUAUAAAGCAACACCACUUUUCGUGGCUGCUGUGCUUGGUCAUACAGAUGUAGUCAAAUAUCUAGUUGAACAUGGAGCCAAUGUGAACUCGGAAGAUGCAUCAAAAAGUUCACCACUUCACUGGGCUGCUAGCAAUGGCCAAACAGAUGUAGUCAAAUAUCUAGUUGAAUAUGGAGCUGAUGUGAAUUCAGAUUCUGCUCAUAAUGGUACACCGCUUCUUUCAGCUGCUAAGAAUGGCCAUUUGGAUGUAGUCAAAUAUCUAGUUGAACAUAGGGCCGAUGUAAACGUCGAUAAUUACAAACAAAUAACACCACUUCUCGAAGCUGCUGCGGGUGGUCACACAGAAAUAGUCCAAUAUUUAGUAGAACAUGAGGCCAAUGUAAAUUCUGAAGAUCACGAGCUGAGAAGUCCGCUUUACUGGGCUGCUAAAAAUGGUCACAGUGAGACAGUCGAAUACCUAGUCGAACAUGGAGCCAAUGUAAAUGUCAUACUCGGUAGCGGAGGAACGCUUCUCCACUAUGCUGCUAAAGAUGGUAACUUAAAAGCAACCAAAAUGCUAAUCGAUCAUAGAGCCAACGUGAAUGUCAAAAAUAAUCAAUCAACGCCCCUUCACUACGCUAUUCAAAAUGGCAAUAUUGAAGUGAUUAAGUAUUUAAUCGAGCAUAGAGCCAACGUGAAUGCCAAAAACAACGACAACGCGACACCUCUACAAUACGCUGUUCAAAAUGGCAAUAUUGAAGCGAUAAAGUAUUUAAUCGAGCAUAGAGCCAACGUGAAUGCCAAAAACAACGACAACGCAACACCUCUUCAUUACGCUGUUCAAAGUGGUAACUUGGAAACAAUCAAAACUCUCAUUGAACAUGGAGCUGAUGUGAAUGUCGAAAAUAUUGGUAUCGGAACUAUCAAGUUUUUGAGACUUUUUCUAAUCACACGUGGAAAGAAUGAAAAUAUCAAUAUCGAGAUAGGAACACCAAUUCACUGGGCUGCUCAGAAUGGUCAAACAGAAGCAAUUAAAUAUCUAGUCGAACAUGGAGCCAUUGUAGAGUCCAACGGUGACAAAGGAAGAUCACCUCUUCACUGGGCUUCUGAAAAUGGUCAAACUGAAGCAAUUAAAUGUCUAAUUGAACAUAGUGCAAAUGUUAGCGCCAUUGACUUUUGGGGAUAUACUUCCCUUCACCUAGCUGCGUUUAAUGGUAGUAUAGAAGCAGUCAAAUAUCUAGUCGAACAUGGAGCCAAUGUCAAUGCUAAAAAUAGAUACAAAGGUACACCACUUCAUGCGGCUGCUAAAAAAUGCAAUGUAAAAGCAGUCCAAUAUCUAAUAGAACAUAGAGCAAAUGUGAAUGCCAAAGACACAGCUGAGAAAAAACCAAUUCAUUAUGCUUCACAGUGUGAUCAUAGACAUGUAGCCAAGUUACUGAGGAAAGCUCCCAACUUUGUUUCCGAAUCGCAAACAGCUUGCACAGAAUAUUCAAGCAAUAAUGUAAAUAUACGAAUUACACAUGGUGAGGCUGUGAAUGUCAUACAAUUUCCUUGGAUGGUUGCAUUAUUGUAUCCAAGUACAAGCCGCAGGGAAAACGAGAUUCGAUGUGGGGGCACAAUAAUAUCAGAUCGUUAUAUUAUGACUGCGGCUCAUUGUGUACAUGUAGACAAAGAACCGUCUCAAGUUCGAGUUGGAAAACUAACUGGUAAUUAUGAUGAUGGAAUUGAAGGCGAAAUCUAUCUAAUACAAAAUAUUACAAAGCAUCCAGAAUAUAAUUCACUGACGAUGAAAAAUGACAUUGCAUUGAUUCGAACUGAAAUGAAAAUUCAAUUCAAUGAUAAUGUUACAGCAGCGUGCUUGCACACAAUAGAGGAGGAUGUUAAUUUUGAACUGAUCGUAAUCGGGUGGGGUGCCACUUUCAAUGAGGGUAGUAUAAACUUGUCAUUAUUUAUGAGUGAACAUGAAACAAUUUUUGUCCAAUUGUUUAAUGCAAAUUUAUUUAAUUCUCGCUUCAAAGGACCCAAUUCAAACAAGUUACUCAUGACGAACUUAACAUCAGUGCCAUUGCUCGAAUGUAAUGCAACUAUUUUGGAAUGGAAUAAAGAAUCAAAGUUAAGCGAGUUUCAAAAUGGUAUCAGCGAAGGACAAUAUUGUGCAAAUGAUCCAGAAGGACGAAGAGAUUCCUGCCAAGGAGAUAGUGGCGGGCCUCUUCAAUAUUUCCCGAACAGUAAUUCAAGCAGAUCGACCAUAGUUGGCAUUGUUUCAUUUGGUGUAAAUUGUGCCACCACACUACCAAGUGUCUAUACUCGUGUUGCUUAUUACAUUGAUUGGAUUGAAUCCAUCGUUUGGCCACCCGCAUAAAAUAUUUAAAUAUUAUAAACUGCCGUAAUAUAGCUUGAAACUAUGAUGCAGUCCAAAUAUAUACUUUUUUAUUUUAUUUUUUGAAAAAAAAGAACAAGAAAUCAUCACAUAAAAUACGCAAAACUGAAAGUAUGACUCAAAUUUCUAUCAAGAACUUGUUUAUAGAUAAACUGAUUAAAAGACUAUUUAAAGUAUCAAA